GGAUUUUAGUUGUACCAAGUUUCCUUUAUUACCCAGAAACCAAAGCUCUUCCUUUCACCAUUUACUUUGAUCAAAGAAGUUGUUCACAGUUUCGUGUCUGAAAGACUUAAAAAUGCGUUACGUGGCAGCUUACCUACUUGCAUCCCUAGGAGGAAACGCAAAUCCAUCAGCCAGUGACCUUGAAAAGAUUAUUGGGUCAGUUGGAAUUGAAGCUGAAGCUGAUAAGAUAAAGAAAAUUAUAAGUGAACUCAAAGGAAAAAACCUUGAAGACCUGAUCAAAGAAGGUCAAGAAAAGCUUGCCUCAGUACCUGCAGGAGGAGCUGCUGCACCUGCUGCACCUGCUGCCGCUGCUGCUGCUGAAGCACCUAAAGGAGGAGCAAAGAAAGAAGAAAAGAAACCUGAGCCAGAAUCAGGGUCUGAUGAUGACAUGGGAUUUGGACUCUUUGACUAAAUAAAUGUCUUUUGCAAUGCAUCUAUAAUAAAGACAUUUUACACCA